AUGUCACUGCGCACAUCCAGCCAGCUCCUGCGCACCUCCCUGCGCACACUCGCACCACGCGCAACUCCCCCAUGUCCCGCAUGCGCCUUCGCCGCCUCCCAACUCCGCCACCCCUCCUCCUCAUCGCUCCGAACACUCUCGUACACCGCACCCGCACGCGCACCGAUCCUCGACCAGACUCCGACACCGGCUGUGCACCCGGCACCUAUACCGCCCAAGGCAAGGCCGCGGCAGGCGAUGAGGGCGAGGAAGGCGGCGUUGACGUUGUCCCCGAAGGCAGUCGACCGAAUCCGCGGCCUGCUCGACCAACCCUCUCCGAAACUGAUCCGGGUCGGCGUGCGCAACAAAGGCUGCGCCGGGAUGAGCUACCACCUCGAGUAUGUCGACAAGCCAGACAAGUUUGACGAGGUGGUCGAGCAAGAUGGGGUCAAAGUGGUGAUUGACUCGAAGGCGCUGUUUUCGAUCAUUGGGAGCGAGAUGGAUUGGCAGGAGGAUGCGUUGCAGGCGAGGUUUGUGUUCAACAACCCGAACAUCAAGGACGCUUGCGGAUGUGGAGAAUCCUUCAUCGUCUAG